AUGGGCAGGAGGAUGCGGGGCGCCGCCGCCACCGCGGGGCUCUGGCUGCUGGCGCUGGGCUCGCUGCUGGCGCUCUGGGGCGGGCUCCUGCCGCCGCGGACAGAGCCGCCCGCCUCGGGGCCGCCCGAAGACCGACUCCCGCGCCUCGCAGCCCGGAUCGGCGGCCCGGCACCCGCGCCUCGCUUCCCUCUGCCCCCGCCUCUGGCCUGGGACGCCCGCGGCGGCUCCUUGAAAACUUUCCGGGCGCUGCUCACCCUGGCUGCCGGCGCUGACGGCCCGCCCCGGCGGCCCCCGGGCGAGCGCAGGCGGCACGUGCCAGCCGGGCGGUCCUGGCCGGAGGAGGAGAGCGCCGCCGUGCACGGGGGCGUCUUCUGGAGCCGGGGCCUGGAGGAGCAGGUGCCCCGGGGCUUCUCCGAGGCCCAGGCGGCGGCGUGGCUGGAGGCGGCGCGCAGCGCCCGGGUGGUGGCCCUGGAGCGCGGGGGCUGCGGGCGCAGCUCCAACCGACUGGCUCGCUUCGCCGACGGCACCCGCGCCUGCGUGCGCUACGGCAUCAACCCCGAGCAGAUCCAGGGCGAGGCCCUGUCCUACUACCUGGCGCGCCUGCUGGGCCUCCAGCGCCACGUGCCGCCGCUGGCGCUGGCUCGGGUGGAGGCGCGGGGCGCACAGUGGGCGCAGGUGCACGAGGAGCUGCGCGCGGCUCACUGGACCGAGGGCAGCGUCGUGAGCCUGACGCGCUGGCUGCCCAACCUCACGGACGUGGUGGUGCCCGCGCCCUGGCGCUCGGAGGACGGCCGUCUGCGGCCCCUACGCGGCGCUGGGGGCGAGCUGGCCAACCUCAGCCAGGCGGAGCUGGUGGACCUGGUGCAAUGGACAGACUUGAUCCUCUUCGACUACCUGACGGCCAACUUCGACAGGCUCGUAAGCAACCUCUUCAGCUUGCAGUGGGACCCGCGCGUCAUGCAGCGCGCCACGAGCAACCUGCACCGGGGCCCCGGCGGGGCGCUGGUCUUUCUGGACAACGAGGCGGGCUUGGUGCACGGCUACCGGGUGGCGGGCAUGUGGGACAAGUAUAACGAGCCGCUGUUGCAGUCCGUGUGCGUGUUCCGCGAGCGGACCGCGCGGCGGGUGCUGGAGCUGCACCGCGGGCAGGACGCGGCGGCCAGGCUGCUGCGCCUCUACCGGCACCACGAGCCUCGCUUCCCCGAGCUGGCCGCGCUCGCCGACCCCCACGCUCAGCUGCUGCAGCGCCGCCUCGACUUCCUCGCCAAGCACAUUUUGCACUGUAAGGCCAAGUACGGCCGGCGGCCGGGCACUUAGCGUCACCCGGAGGAGCCGGGAGAGCCGGCACUGGGCUGUGGCUGGUGGGGGAAGGGCCGAAGCCUCGGCCAUCGCCUGGGGACCCGCCGGCCAACGCCCAGCCGGCGGCCCGCCGCGAAGGUGUCUCAAACUUCCGCUUCACCCACCUGCCUUUAUUUUGCAAGCCCACGCUAUUUGCUUUCAAAGUUCUGGACGGGCGAACGCACCGAGGCGGGAUGAGCCACGUUCCCUCCACCCAGUUGAUAAAAGAAUUCUUUCUAAAGCCGGCGCGAGACCCGAUCCGAAGAAACUGGCUGCUGAGGUCUGCCCCAGGGGGGCCGUCUCUGUGGGAGAUGCACCCCAUUCUUGCCCCCCACCCACCACCCGGCCGCUUCCCACCCCACCCCCCGA